AUGUCGAAAAAGUACAAGGAGGAAAUAGAUGAUUUGAAGGACGAAUUGGAAGCGCUCGCGGCAGAAAACGAACAGUUGCAGCACUUUUUAGAAGAACAAAAAGCGAUGAUGGCGAAUUUGGAACCGAAGAGUAUUGAUAAAUCUGGAGAACUCAUAGAGAAGUUAGAUACAUUGAAUAACCAAAAUGCAUUACUCCAAAGCGCUUUAAACAAGAGCAAGGAAGAAUACGACAUGCUCAGGAAGCAGUACGAGCAAAGUCUAAUAGACGCGAAUGAUCAAGUGGCAGCAAUGCGACAAAACAGCGAUCUUCUUAAAACUGAAUUUAUGGAGAAAAUAGAUAGAUUAGAGGCGGAAAUAAAUAAUUUACAGAAAGCUUUAGAAGAGAAGGAAGCCAAGAUCAACGCUUUAAUGAAUUCAGAGGAAAAACUUUCGACCGUCAAUACAUCUUUAACGGAAGUUACGGAAUUGCUUAACGUCAGAGUUCAAGAAGUUGCUGAUCUGAAGCAAGAGCUUCAAGUUCAAUAUGUAGAAAGACAACAAGCU